AUGAGACUUCCUCAGUCGCUUCUUCUGCUGGCAGUGGCCGGGUCUGGAGCCCGAGCUAGCAGCGAUAAAACUGCUCGCCCCCGGGGUGUGGCCCCAGAAUUUGCCAAGUACUACCAGGACUCAGAGACGUUCACUUGUAUCUCGAAUCCCUCGGUUCAGAUCCCCUUCUCCGCCGUCAACGAUGACUUCUGCGAUUGUCCCGACGGCAGUGACGAGCCCGGUACUUCAGCUUGUUCGCACCUCUCGCGCAACUCACCCCUAAGCGUUGCUGAUCGACUUGGAAAUAACGAGGGAGAAAUUGUGGCUGCAUUGCCCGGCUUCUACUGUAAAAACAAGGGCCACCGACCAUCAUUCGUGCCCUUCCAACGUGUUAACGAUGGAAUCUGUGAUUACGAGCAGUGCUGUGACGGAAGUGACGAAUGGGCUCGUGUGGGAGGAACCAAGUGCGAGGAUCGCUGCAAGGAAAUUGGAAAGCAGUGGCGGAAGCAGGAGGAGCAGCGCCAAAAGUCCAUUACUGCUGCGCUGAAGAAGAAGAAGGCCCUUCUGGUUGAUGCUGGGCGUCAACAACAGGAAAUUGAGGACCAUAUUAUCCGCCUGGAGGCCGAGGUCAAGGGUGCCGAGGUCAAGGUGGAGGCUCUCGAGGCCGAACUCAAGUCUGUCGAGGAUGCGGAGCGCAAGGUUGUCCGGUCCAGCGGUAAGGGCAAGGGCAAGGUCAAUGCUCUUGCCGGUAUUGCAAAGGCUCGAGUUGAUGAGCUGCGUGAUGCGCUGCUGGAGGUUCGUCAGCAGAGAGACGAGACUCAAUCGCGGUUGAAGGAGCUGGAGGAUAUCCUGUCCAAGUUCAAGAUUGAGUAUAACCCUAACUUCAACGAUGAGGGUGUCAAGCGCGCUGUGCGCAGCUGGGAGGACUAUGCCGCUCGUGAAGUGACCGAGGGUACCAAUCAAGCGCGGGACCGUGAUUUGGAUGAGAUUGCCAAGGCUGAUGACGAGAGCUCUGGGAUUAACUGGGAGCACUGGGAGAACGAAGAGGAUGGCUGCAAUGAUGCCGACUUGGUUUACAAGCUCGCAGCUUAUCUUCCCCCGUCUCUUGUCGAGUUCAUUGAAGACAAGGUUAUUUCUUUGCGAUCUUUCCUGGAGUCCAGCGGCAUCCUUGCCAAACCCGACGGGGACUCACCAUCGGAAUCCAAGGCCGUGACCCAAGCGCGCGAUGCUCUCAAGUCCCAGGAGGACACCCUGAGAGACCUAAAGAAUAAGCUCCGCGACCAACGGGCCGAUCUUGAGAAGCAAUAUGGACCCGCAGGCAUUUUCCGUGCCCUUAAGGGUCAGUGCAUCUCCAAGGACGCGGGCGAGUACACCUAUGAGCACUGCUUCUUGGAAGAUACCAAGCAGAUUUCCAAGAAGGGCGGCUCCUCCACGUCCAUGGGCAAGUUCACUCGUAUCAGCUCUACGGUUGUCGAGGAGCUGAACGAGGCCGGCGAGAUCGUCGCCAUCGAGAAGAUUGCGAUUGAGUAUGACCGUGGACAGCACUGCUGGAACGGACCCAACCGGUCUACCAAGGUCGUUUUGGAGUGCGGCGAGGAGAAUGAGAUCUUGAAGACGGCCGAGGAUGAGAAGUGCGUCUAUUCGAUGCUUGUGACCACCCCAGCUGUUUGUCCUGGCGGCGAAGAGGAUGGCAAUGCUCCUCGCUCUAAGGAUGAGCUGUAA